AUGCAUUCAGAUUUGUCCCUCACCAAGAACUCUGCUUUAAAAGGGAUUUAUUCUCUGGUUGGAUUGGCAGCAGUGAAUUUUCUGUUGCUUCCAGGAAUCUGCCUCCUCAACCUGUCGGAUGCGUCUAAUGCUGAACCAUCUGUCCCUGUUUCAAAGGACAACAACCCAAAAACACUACUCCUGGUCUGGGGUUUGAAGGGAAGAAAACCUCCUGAUUGCUGGGAAUACUUUCGAAUCAGUGGGUGUACAAUCACUGGAGACAGGAGAAGGUACAACGAGGCUGAUGGUGUGCUCAUGCGGCACUGGGAUGUAGUCCGUGAUAAAGAAGCUCCGCUCCCUCUGGAGCCACGACUACCUGCGCAAAAGUGGAUAUGGCUCAACUUUGAGUCUCCCACAUUUUCUCUGCGACUGUGGGAAUAUGAAGGUAUUUACAACCUCACACUGACCUUCCGAGAAGACUCUGAUAUCCUUGCGCCUUAUGGGUCUUUAAUCCCAAAUGUGUUAUCAGAUACAUUUCCUCAAGCUCGUUUUGCACAUCGACUCAAAUCCUCCUCGGAUCCUCGUCCUGGCUUUGUGGCCUGGGUGGUCAGCCACUGGACAGAUGAUUUGGAGCGUGUGCACUUCUACAACCAUCUUAAAGAGUACAUAAAAAUUGACAUUUUUGGAGGUGCAGGGACCAUCUUACCAGAAGGCAAAGGCAGUGUGGUUAAAAUGAUCAGACAGUACCGCUUUUACCUGGCCUUCGAGAACUCUCAGCACACCGACUACAUCACAGAGAAGCUGUGGAACGCAGUGCGCGGCGGCGCCAUCCCGGUGGUCCUGGGUCCGUCCAGGAAGAACUACGAGCGCUUCCUGCCCCCCGAGGCCUUCAUCCACGUUGAUGACUUCAACACAGUGCAGGAGCUGGCCCAAUACCUGCUGAAAGUGAAGGACAGUCCAUCUCUGAUCACCAUGCACCUCAGCUGGAGGAAAGACUACAGUCUGUACUUUGCCACGUGGGAUGAACACUAUUGCACAGUCUGCAAGGUGGUGCGGAUGAGGAAAGGCAAGAUUGAUGUGGUCAAAAAUCUUACAGCAUGGUUUUAUUCAUGA